AUGUCCAGGGGUUCCAGGGGAGACAAGCUUCUCUGUGACCUGGGUUACAAGCUGGGCCAAACCCUUGGGGAAGGCAGCUAUUCCAAGGUCAGGGUAGCCACCUCGGCUAAGUACAAGGGUCCUCUGGCGAUCAAAAUGGUGGACCGGCGCCGAGCCCCUCGAGACUUCGUCGAGAAGUUCCUGCCACGAGAGCUAUCCAUCUUGCGGGGGAUUCGGCACCCGCACAUCGUGAGAGUCUACGAGUUCAUUGAGGUCUGCAACGGGACGCUCUACAUUGUCAUGGAAGCCGCAUCCACGGACUUGUUACAACUGGUACAGAAAGAAGGGAAGCUACCUUGCGCCCCAGAAGCACGGGACAUCUUUGCCCAGGUCGUGGGUGCCGUGCGCUACCUCCACGACAGGCAUCUAGUGCACCGCGAUCUCAAGUGCGAGAAUGUGUUGCUCACGUCCGAUGGCCGUCGAGCCAAACUGACCGAUUUCGGCUUCGGCAAGGAGUCGCGGGGAUAUCCGGAACUGAGCACCACCUACUGUGGGUCGGCUGCUUACGCCUCCCCCGAGGUGCUUAUGGGCAUCCCCUAUGAUCCCAAAAAGUAUGACGUGUGGAGCCUGGGCAUCAUGCUCUACGUGAUGAUUACCGGAUGUAUGCCCUUUGACGACACCCAUAUCCACAGCAUGCCCUGCCGCCAGAAGAGAGGGCCCACGUUUCCCGAAGAUCUGCCGAACUUUUCGGAACCCUGCAAAAAGCUCGUGAAACAGCUGCUCCAGUUCAGUCCCGAAUCCCGACCCUGUGUGGGACUAGUCGCAAAGAACAGCUGGCUGAAGGGGGACACCUAA